CUGGCGAGCAAAUCCGCACAACGCUGGGGCCAUGUACUGGCUGUUUAAGCCGCCGCAUUUGGUUGAGAGUGCACGUCGUCUGCAUGCGAUGGCUGGUUUGCAGUUGUUGGACUUAGCUCUGGAGAGGAAUUCAUCCUUUUGCAGUUGUUGGACUUAGCUCUGGAGAGGAAUUCAUCCUAUUGAGAGGAGGAAUCAUAUUGAGGUCCCUCAGGGCAUAUACUCACUCGAGUCUCGUCGUGAUUGCUGUUAGAUGCGUCCAGGGCUGGCGGCGAUCGUGGCCAGAUACCUUUAGGAAAGUGGUGGUGUGAGUGUGGCCUCAAUGCACAUCUUCUACAUGCGAAACAUGAGAGAGCGUGGUCAUAUUUAGUGGUUAUUGUCUGGCUGGCAGAGAGAAGGCAAGUAUUGAUGAUUCCAUACGACAAAGUCCUAGUCGUAGUCUCAACUGCAAAGCAGCAUGGACAUGUCCAGAAGUGUUGUCUGGCGGUCAGAUAGGAGGCAUGCGAUUGGGACUUUCUGCAUGAGAAUCAGGAGAGAGCGUGGGUCAUAUUUAGCGGUUCUUGUUUGGACGGCAGGAGGAUGAACAGCUGUUCGAGACACAGGCCGCCGCACCACUGUAGUCGCCUCACGUGACCUUGUCUUAGACAGUGCCCUGAUUCUGUUUUGUCUUCCUCGGUAACAUCCUCGCAGAGGUUUCGCAUUUGGGUCAGGAUCGGGAAAAACCAAAAACCCAUGGAGGAUACCGUACUCGCUUGACCGAUAACGAUGACGAGAGAGCAUGCAGAUGUCGAGCACUUGGUGGAUAUGCCAUCGCACGAGUCUGUUUUAGUCUUUUCGAUAAUGGUCUUCGGGCUUCGCAUUGAGCAGCUGCUCUGUUCUAGGCCACUUGGAAAAGUGUGUGGACGAGAGCGACGAGAGCUUCAAGGCAGAGCAUACAUUGCAUGCAGGUGUAGCUUGGAAAAGCGAGCGGACGAGAGCGAUGAUAGUUUCGAGGAAGAGCGUACGUUGCAUGCAGGUGUAGCUUGACAGCCAUCUGUGCUCUCCAGACUGAAAAGUUGCCGAGGGUAGGAACACAAGGUGGAACUUGCCCAUGCGAGUGAUUCAGGGGGUACAAAGAUACACUGAUGAGAAGCGAUGCUGCCCAAGCGAGUUCGGAGAGACCGUGUGGAGGAAAAGAGUGUGACUGAUGUCUGUCCAAGCGAGUUCGGAGAGACCGUGCGGAGGGAAAGAGUGUGAUUGAUGUUGUUGGUGUCGGUGUGGUCAGCUCCCUAGCGUGUGAGCUGAUUCAGGGGGUACAAAGAUACACUGAUGAGAAGCCAUGCUGCCCAAGCGAUUUCGGAGAGACCGUGCGGGGGAAAAGAGUGUGACUGAUGUCUUGAUCUAUAUGCCAUAUGGAGCAGUAUGGGCAGAUCGAGAUUGUGGUGGGCAUGCGGAUCGCAAAAAAAAGAAGUGGAUCCCCUGUGAAGCAGGUUCUGCUGGAAGAUGCAUGCACAUUGGUGAUUCUGGGAUGACAUGUGGUUCUCCGUGAUUGGCGUAUUGUACCUUAGCGCUUCUUUUCCGACGCCGCCGGAAAUCAUCUGCACAUGAUCGUGAUCAAAGACUGAAGGUGGCGACUGUGGCUGAAUGGUAGACCACAGUGAAUACACAUGUUACUGUUACAAAGCAGGUGAGGAGCGUGAAUCAAAUCAAUACGCGUCCAGAAUACCAAACUGUGGCGAGCAAGGUGGUCCCUAGUGCUCCCAGCAUCUUUGGGCCUGCAGGCUGAGCCUCUCCAGGUAAGUGUGGUGGAGUACUGAUGGGUCACAAGAUCACUGUGUGUGUGGAUGGAUUGAUGGAUAGGAAAAUGACAUUUGGCCAUCGAAAUUGCUCGGCAGAUGAUUGCUUGAAGUCUGUUUGCCGCGAUUACUAGUAGUCGUGUGCGUUGUGCAUCGUUAUCCCUGAACAGGACAAAGAAGCAGCGUUGUGCUUCUGCUUAACCUGUCUCGGGAAGCGACCAAUUCAACUCUUUUGGUAUGUUUUCAGCGUGGCAGUGCACAGGCAGAGUCCUUGGGCGGAGCACUGGUUUUCAGCGAUGGGAUCAAGUCGACUGGGAUUACAAGGGCGCGCUUGAGUGCACGAGGUAGGUGACCCAAAAUAUGUCUGGCAACGAGUUUGCGAGGUUGUGUGCCUGGACGCGGACAAAAAUCUCUCCCUUCAACUGUAGAACAGAGGUAGUCUUCGUCUUCAUCUCCUUCUUGACUUGUGUACAUGGGCGCUUGCCCCUUUUUUUCUUUCUUUCUUUCUUAAUUUUGUAGUGAGACUUCUCGUGGUCCUCUUUGAUGGAUGGCCGUAUAGGAAACAAAAGCUGCAGCCAUGGAGGUUGGCUUUUUGAAAAGUUGGUUCACAGGACACCGGAGCAGUAGUCAGUUCAGGUGCAAUGUAUGCAGGUGCGCAUGCUGUUUGCCCAGCUGGUGGGGCUUCUUCCUGUGCAAGGAAAGGUACAGGGAUAGUGGCUGAAGCCUCCAUCAGGGACGGCAGUUUUCACAAGUAUUACAGAUGCCCAGGUUUUUGUUUUCAAAAAUAGUAUUUUUACCUGCCUGACUGUGUAUACACUUAACUGCCUCCCUAUCCCACCUCUCCACCUCCCCGCCUAGCUCCCCGUCUCUGUGAGUUGCCACACCUG